GACAGUAGUUAUGAAAAGGAACGCUCCCGACUUCACUGCCUGCUAGAAGCUACACUCAGGGAGCUUGCUCACGCUGAAAAUGAGGUAUUAAAUCUCAGGGAGAAUUGUAAGUUGAACGUUUCUCGGACAGAUUCCUCAUUGAUUGCCCUCCAGGCGAUCUAUGAUACUGACAUCAACCGAUAUGGUCAAGAGAGACUUGCUGUUCAAAACAUGAUGUUGGCUGCUCUUGACGCACUCAUGGGUCAUAAACAACAAGUACAAGAUGCCAUGAACCUCGAAAGUCCUUUGACUGAUUUCAAUUGGGGGGAAACUACAACUUUAUUAUGACCACAACUUUUAUUGGUUUUUGGUUUUUUACAUCAGACAGAAUUACUGUACAGCACGUGUACGUGUACAGCUGUACACGUGUAUGUAGCAUUGUACGAAGGUACUGUGUAGAUCUGAGUACAAAAAAGUACUUUCGAAAGUACUUACGAAAGUACGAAAGUACUUUCGAAAGUACACGUACAGUACAACGUUGUACGUGUACAACGUACACAUAGAAUACUUUCGAAAGUACGAAAGUACUUUCGAAAGUACUUUCGUACUUUCGUACGAAAGUACUUUCGUAUCAAUACUUUCUUAGUGUGUACGAAGGUACUAUUUUGAAAGUACUUUCGUACUUUGUACGAAAGUACGAAAGUACGAAAGUACCAAUAAUCUUCGAAGAUACUUUCGUACGUACUUUCACGUACUGUACACGUACAUAGCUACAUACAGUACAAUACCUUCGUAAUAUUAAACUUGUACG